AUGGCAGCCGCCGAGGGCCCCCAGGCCGCUCUGGUGGUUGCUUCCCAGAAAAGAACCUUUGCAGAUUUGUUGCUUGAUUCUCCACAACCUAUUCCAGAGGUGGUGGUUCCUUUUCGUGGUCCGAAAAUUGUAGAUGGUGAAGUUUGUAUUUUAUUUUCAAAGGAAGAAAUUGAGAACUCGGUGCUCCCUUUCAGAUUCUCGAUUGUUCUUAAGUUUCUGAGACAAAGGCCUUCGCUUGACUCUAUUAGAGUAUUUAUCCGCUCUAGAUGGGGUCUAUCUAAACAGUCGGUUGUUUCGUCGAUGCUGAAGCCUCGAAAUGUUUUUAUCAGAAUGUCAUCUGAGGAAGAUUUUAUCAAAGCCUUGACGAGGGAGGCGACAGAUAUUGAUGGUGCAAUUUAUCAUGUUUUUCAUUGGACUACCGAAUUUCAGGAAGACAAAGAACCUGUAAAAGUUCCUGUCUGGAUCUCAUUGCCAGGACUUCCACCGAAUUAUUAUCAGGACUCUUAUUUGCGUAACAUCACCGCUCCGAUUGGACAGUACCUGAAACGAGAUAAUCCUACAAAAUGUGCAACUCCGACUGAAGGGGCUCGAAUUUGUGUUGAAAUGGAUGUAUCCAAAUAG